AUCCAUUGCAAUAAGAUCCAAAAAGUCUUUGUUUCGAACAAGCUGAAACAAAAUAUUUAAGCUCACUUGUAGUUCAGCUCUGGAACUGUUUAUUGUUCACGCAGUCAGUGUGAGAACAGCUAAGGAAUGUUAGUUUGGCUUUCGGUUAAGUGAUGAUUUUCUCAGAUCUAUUUUAUUUUUUUGCAUAUUAAAGCUCACAAACUCCCUAUAUUUAUUGAACGUGUUCUUAACUGGAAACUGCAACAAUGUUAUGCUGUAGAAAUUUAACCCCGCAACUUCCAGUUUUGUUGCUUCUCCUCGUUCAGCUCCUUAGACAAAAUUCCUGUGCAGAAACGGAGCCAGAAACAGCAAUAAUACCGGAUGGAGCGUCCACCUUGGCGUUUGUAUUUGACGUUACCGGAUCCAUGUACGAUGACUUGGUUCAAGUAAUUGAGGGAGCAUCGAAGAUUUUGGAAACAUCUUUAAAAAGACAAAAGAAGCCUCUUUAUAAUUUUGCAUUGGUGCCGUUUCACGAUCCAGAUAUUGGGCCAGUAACAAUUACAACAGAUGCAGUGAAAUUCCAGGAUGAGUUGAAGGAACUGUAUGUGCAGGGCGGUGGGGAUUGCCCAGAAAUGAGCGUUGGUGCUAUUAAAAUUGCUUUAGAAAUCUCACUCCCAGGAUCAUUUAUUUAUGUUUUUACUGAUGCAAGAUCCAAGGAUUAUCAACUAACCAAUGAUGUGCUACAGCUGAUACAACAGAAACAGUCACAAGUAGUGUUUGUGCUUACUGGGGACUGUGACGAUAGGAGCCAUAUUGGAUACAAGGUGUACGAGGAAAUUGCAUCCACAAGCUCUGGUCAAGUGUUUCACCUGGACAAAAAGCAAGUUAAUGAGGUAUUAAAAUGGGUGGAAGAAGCAGUUCAGGCCUCAAAAGUUCAUCUCACAUCCACAGACCAUCUGAGUGGUGCCGUAAAUAUCUGGGAGAUCCCUUUUGAUCCCAGCCUUAGAGAGAUCACGGUGUCCUUGAGUGGACCAUCUCCAGACAUUGAGCUCUAUGACCCACUAGGGAAACAGAUAAAGACAGAUACAGGUCUGAAUGAAUUGCUAAACAUACAGAAUUCUGCCAAAGUCUUAAAUAUAAAAGAACCAGUUCCUGGGAUGUGGAAAAUAAAGACCUCUAGCAAUGGGCGUCACUCUAUUAGAGUCACAGGCGUCAGUACAAUUGAUUUUCGAACAGGAUUUUCCAACAGACCUACUUUGGAUUUCAGUACGACAUCCAGCAGGCCCAUACAAGGAAUUCCCACGUAUGUCCUUUUAAAUACUACUGGGGUCGUUCCCCCAGCAAGAGUAGAUCGUCUUGAGCUGUUGAGUAUUUCAGGUGAACUGCUCAACACCAUCCCAAUCAAGUAUUAUCCUGAUCGCGUUCCUUACGGGAUAUGGAACGUAAGCGAGUUUAUUCCACCGAAUGAAGCAUUUUUCCUUAAAAUAACUGGUUAUGAUAAAGACGAUUACUUGUUCCAACGUGUGUCAAGUGUCUCAUUUUCUAAUAUAAUUCCAGAUGCACCAAAAGUGACAAUGCCAAAAUCAACGCCUGGCUAUUAUCUGCAGCCGGGGGGGAUCCCGUGCUAUAUUGAGAGCCUUAUACCCAUCACCGUGCGAUUUACCAAGAAUGGAGAUAAGUUGGGCACAGACCAGAAGUUUAAGGAAUCUGUUAAUGUGAGCUGGGCAAUCGCUAAUGUCUCGCUAUCUGACGAGGGUUUCUAUGAAUGUUUUGCUGUAAGCAGCGCAGGGAGUGGAUAUGCCCGCACCUUCCUUGAUGUAAACGAACCGCCACCGAUAAUAAAAGUUCCUCAUAAUAUCACUGUGACCGCUGGUAAUGGCGUUAUUUUACAUUGUGAAGUCCUGAGCACGGUCCGUUACAAUUUAACCUGGCUGAGGAGUAAUAUGGAUGUAAGACGCACAAGUUUCUCUAGGUUCAAUGUGAGGAGCGACAAUUCCCUGGAAAUAAAAAGUGCAGAAAUCAAAGAUGCCGGAGAAUACGUUUGCUAUGCGUCAAAUGAAGGGGGAACCACUGCAGCCACAGUCAUCCUAAUAGUUCAAGAUCCACCAAAGGUCAUAUUAGAGCCGAGAAACAUUACAUUUACCAAAGGUACAGACAUUAAGCUGAAGUGUUCAGUGACCGGCCAUCCCACACCUCAUAUACUAUGGACACACAAUGAUAUGUUUAUCAGAUUCUCAAGCAGGUACGUUGUUACCCAAGACGGAACAUUCACUGUCAAAAAUGCCAUUGAAAAAGAUUCAGGAACCUACAGAUGUCUGGCUAGUAAUGCUGCUGGAACAGAUAGCCAAAAAUCCCUGCUUGUUUACCAUGAGGCCCCUCAAGUCACUGUUGUAAAACGGGAAAUGUUGGUAGCAGUUGGAACAGAAACCACAAUGGAAUGUCAAACCUCCGGAGUCCCGAGACCUCAAGUCCAAUGGUUUAGAGGUGACAUUAAGCUCAGUCCAUCCUCACAAAUUGCUAUAGACCCUCUUGAGGGAAUUCUAAAAAUUAAAAUGACAAAGUAUACUGAUGCUGGGGAAUAUGUAUGUGUAGCCAUCAGUGAUGCCGGCAAAGCAGAUGGACAAGUCACUCUCAAUGUUGGAUCGGCUCCUGUAUUCAUUCAGACCCCAAGUGAUGUAUCGGUGGAUAUUGGGUCAGAUUUGAUCUUGCCAUGUUCUGCACAGGGUAUCCCAGAACCAAAAAUAAAAUGGAAACGUGUAAAUAGCACAUCAUCAAUUUCAAGACCCAUUACCUACCAGUAUGACCGUCAGCAGAAGACAGGAGCACUACAAAUAAACAAUCUGUGGGUAGGAGAUGAGGGGACCUAUAUAUGUGAAGCUGAGAAUCGAUUUGGAAAAAUUGAGUCCCCAGCAACAGUUACAAUUACAGGAUUAGUUGCUCCUGUGAUUGGAGAGAGUCCUGCUGCGGUCAGUCUUAUUGAAGGAAACCAAGUCACGCUGCCCUGCGUUCUGCUUGCCGGAAAUCCUCUCCCAGAGAGGCAGUGGGUCAAGAAUAACGUUGUGCUGGUUUCGAACCCAUAUCUUAAUAUUCGUGCCGAUGGGAGUCUUCAUCUUGAGAGAGUUCUUUUGAAAGAUGGCGGCGACUAUAUAUGUACAGCAAGAAAUGUUGCCGGAACAAGCAGCAAAAUUACAACUGUGAAUGUUUAUGUUAGUCCAGUUAUUCAACACGGACCACAAGUUUUCAGUACAAUAGAAGGGAAUCUGGUAUAUUUACCCUGCAAAGCAAGCGGAGUCCCCAAACCAUCGAUAAUCUGGAAAAAGAAAGGUGAAACUAUUUUACCAAACAAUGACACCGUUACCGUUGAGCCAGAUGGGAGUUUGCUUCUCUCCUCUCCAGGAGGGGAAGAUUCAGGGGAAUACACUUGCAGUGCUAUAAAUGCUGCUGGAUACGCUGCCCGUAAAGUUCAGCUCACUGUUUACGUCAAGCCAAGAAUUAUAAACCCUGAUGGCAGCUCCACGGUACUUAAAAAGGAAAUAGAAAUCUCUACAACAGUUGGUGCUGAUGUCACACUCCCGUGUGAGGUAAAGAGUGUGCCACCUCCAUUUAUAACGUGGGCCAAGGAGACUCAGCUUAUCUCACCAUUUUCACAAAGGCACAGUAUUCUCCCAUCAGGGUCAAUGAAAAUCUUUGAGACCAGAGUUUCUGAUGGAGGAAUGUACACCUGUAUAGGGACAAACAUAGCCGGAAAUAUCACUCAGUUAGUCAAGCUGAAUGUAUACGUUCCUCCUAAAAUACAACGUGGACCAAAAGUUAUUAGAGUAAAUGUCCAUCAUCGUAUAGAGAUUGCUUGCAUGAGCCACGGAAUCCCUACCCCUGUUAUAACCUGGCAUAAAGAUGGCAGAAGCCUUGACACUGUGCAAGUUGAACAUGAUAACAUGAUUAAGGUUGAAAGCGCCAACCUCUCCGAUGCAGGAAUCUAUACGUGUAUUGCCAAAAACAUUGCUGGCCAGGAUAGUGCCAAUGUCACAGUGGAGAUUCACGCUCCUCCAACUCUAUCUGACCUACAGCCUCCGUAUGACAACCCUUACCAGGAGAGAAUUGCCAAACAGCAGAUCUCAUUCCCAUGCCCUGUAAAAGGUAACCCAAAGCCGGUUAUUAAAUGGCUGAGAAACAAUAAAGAAUUGACAGGCACAGAGCCGGGCGUUACAAUUGUGCAAGAUGGAACAGUACUUAUCAUCGACUCAUUGACGCUUUAUGAUACUGGAGAUUACACAUGUGUGGCCAUAAAUGAAGCCGGUUUUACAGAACGAAAAUAUAAUCUUAAAGUUCAUGAACCUCCUGUAAUUAAAGACAAGGAAAAGAUGACAAAUAUAUCAGUAAUCAUAAAUUAUGACACAAGUCUAUUUUGUGAAGUAUCUGGAUCUCCGUCACCUUUUAUUACCUGGUACAAAGGAAGCGAUCAGGUUGUUGAGAGUGCUACAGUCCAAAUUUUGGAAAAGGGCAAAAUAUUAAAACUUUUUAAUGCAGCCAUGAAAGACUCUGGCCAAUAUACUUGCAGAGCCACUAAUGUUGCUGGGGAUUCAGAAAAGCAGUUUAAUAUCAACGUUCUUGAUCCUCCAACAAUUGCAGAUAGUAAAUUAAUCAGUGAAAUUGUUGUAAUCGCUGGAAGAGAAGCCAAGAUGGAGUGCAAGGUUAAAGGAUACCCAUUUCCUGUGAUCCAGUGGCUCAGAGAAAAUAGGUCUUUAAUCACUGGAGAUCCCAAUAUGAAUUUGCUGGAGAAGAAUCAGGUCCUUCACAUAAAGAAUACUCGUGUCAGUGAAGCUGGGAUUUACAAGUGCGUAGCCAGCAAUGUAGCUGGGACACAAGUAAAAGAAAUUAAAUUAAUUGUUUAUGUUCCACCCACCAUUAAAGAUGGAAACCGCACAGCUGAACUGACGUUUAUUGUAGACAGUGAAAUUAACCUGGAAUGUGAAGUCCGCGGUAUCCCUAAACCUACAAUAUCCUGGUACAAAGAUGGCCAAGCUAUCGUUCCUAGCACACAAUUUAUCUAUGUAGAGAAAGGAAAUUAUCUCCGGAUACCACAAUCUCAGAUCACAGAUUCGGGUACAUACAUAUGCUAUGCAGCCAACCUUGCUGGAUCCUCUGAGAAGACCUAUCUUGUGGACAUUCAUGUUCCAGCUAAAAUUGUUGGAGAUUUCAGCAAACAACAGAUUAAGAAGACAAUUAUUGGUAAAUCAUUGAGCUUGGACUGUGAAGCUACUGGAUACCCGUUGCCUUUAAUAACGUGGCUGAAGGAUGGGGUGCCUUUGGAGGUCAAGGAAAACAUCCAAUUUCUGUAUAAUGGAAGAAAAUUAGAGUUGAAGAACACAGUGGAAAUGGACCGUGGACAGUACACGUGUAUUGCUACUAACAGUGCAGGAGAAACUGAAGUCAGAUAUCAAGUUAUGGUUUUAGUUCCCCCUUCUAUAGAAGGUGCCGAUGAUCCUGGUGACUUUACAGUAAUAGAGCAAAGCCCUGUAGAGCUAGAAUGUUACGCCAAAGGAACGCCACCUCCAGCUGUCCAGUGGCUAAAGAAUGGAAUUCCAAUUGUAACCAGCGGUGGCCUCAGGAUUGAGUCUGACGGGCAAAAGCUUGUUAUUCCUAGUGUCCAAUCAUCUGACAGCGGAAGCUACCAGUGCGUAUUAAAAAAUGAAGCAGGGACCGUCAGAAAGAAAUUCAAUGUCACUGUACAUGUCCGUCCCACAAUCAGAUCUGGUCCAACUCAGGUUUCUGUGCUUUUGAACAAGCCGAUAACUGUGCAGUGCGUGGCUAGCGGAAUACCCAGCCCCCACAUCACGUGGCUAAAAGAUGGACAUCCAUUCAAUGUGGCCAAAGGGAAUGUCAAAAUGGAAUCUUUUGGCCGUGUGCUACAAUUCAAGAAAACUCUGUUGGAGGAUGCUGGGAAGUUCACCUGUGUAGCAACUAAUGCAGCUGGUGAAGCCAAGCAAACUAUAUGGCUAAAUGUUCAUGUGCCACCAAAGAUAGAAAACUCUGAUGACAUAAUUGAGGAAACUGUGAUUGCCGGUAGUCCUGUGAUACUUGAAUGCAAAUCAUCUGGGAAUCCUCAGCCAGAGAUUACAUGGUUCAAAGAUAACCGACCACUAACCAGUACAGGUGAUAUUACACUAUCAGAUGGAGGACAAAUAGUCCAGGUCUACGGUGCCCAGCUCCUCGAUGCAGGUGUUUACAAAUGUGUAGCUACAAGCAUUGCUGGCUCAGCAGAACUGAUAUACAGGCUUCAAGUUCUUGUAUCGCCGUUCAUAACCGGUGACAGUGAUGCUGUAUCUGUGAUUGUAAACAAUCUGGUUCAACUAGAAUGCGAAGCCAUGGGUUUUCCAACACCUAGUUUAACGUGGUUAAAAGAAGGCAGCCCAGUGUCUGGUUUUACAGAUGGAAUUCAGAUUCUUUCGGGAGGCAGAGUUCUUUCAUUAAACAAUGCACAGAUUGGAGAUGCGGGGACGUACACCUGUGUGGCCGUGAACGCUGCUGGGGAACAUCAGAAAGAUUUUCACUUGUCUGUCUAUGUGCCACCUGAUAUUAUGGGCGAGGAGCAAAACAUUUCAGCUGUAGUCGGUGAAACACUUGUGCUAAGAUGUGCCAGCAAUGCAGUUCCACCUCCUGUGCUCACCUGGUUCAAAGACUGGAGGCCGCUGAUAACAAAACCAGGUCUGAUUGUUUCAGAAGAUGGAGCUAAUCUGACAAUUCAGGGUGUGCAGGUGAAAGACACAGGGCGCUAUUCCUGCGAGGCUGUUAAUAUUGCAGGAAAAACAGAGAAAAACUUCAACGUCAAUAUAUUGGUACCUCCUAAUAUACACAGCUCAUCUGAAGAGCCCCUAAUAACGGUUAUUGAAGGAACAGUAAUUAAUCUCCUGUGUGACUCCAGCGGUAACCCCCCUCCUGCCCUGUCUUGGAAUAAGGAUGGUAUUGCUGUAAAAUUGGAUCCUUCCAGCAGAGUACGGUUACUUUCCGGAGGGAGACAGCUGCAGAUAUCACAAGUCAUCAAAUCUGAUGCCGCCCAAUAUACUUGUACGGCUUCUAAUAUAGCCGGGAACGCAAUGAAGAAAUAUAAUGUGCAGGUUUACGUCCGUCCUACUAUAUCCGGAGGUACGAUCUCGCCGUCUGAAGUAACAGUCAUUGAAGGAAACAAUAUGACCUUAGAGUGCUUUGCCAGUAGUGAUCCAGCCCCCAUGUUGAUGUGGUUAAGAGACGGUGUUCCUCUAAUUCAUGGGGAUGAAUUCCAAAUUCUCAGCAAUGGGAGAUUCCUGCAUUUGGGUGCAGCGCAAGUGUCGAAUACGGGUCUUUAUAUAUGUGUAGCUAUAAAUCUAGCUGGACAAGCCGACAGAAAGUAUGAUGUGAAGGUUUUUGUUCCUCCAAGUUUUCCUGAGAACAAAAAAUACGAAAAUGUUAGUGUUGUGGAAAAAAAUCCUGUUACACUGACCUGUGAAAUCUCUGGAAUUCCACCUCCUAGAGUUACGUGGUACAAGGACGGCCGGCCCAUCAACAGCUCCCCUCAAAUCAUGUCAGGGGGGAUGAUCCUGCGAUUUUCUCACACUGCGCUCUCUGAUGCUGGGCAAUACACCUGCGUGAUGGCUAAUGCUGUUGGAGAAGAGAAGAAAACAUUUGACCUAAAUGUUCUAGUUCCUCCUAAACUUGUAGGAGAUGUCAUAGAAGAUCUAAAGCUGAAAGAAAAAAGCAAUAUAACAUUAUCAUGUGAAGCUGUGGGGAACCCAGUACCCUGGAUAACUUGGCUAAAGGACGGACAAUCCCUUCAGGAAGAUGAAAAUCAUCAAAUUCACCACAGAGGGCAGCACCUCCAAAUGAUCAAUGUCAGUGUAGCAGAUACUGGAAGAUACAUCUGUGUAGCCUCAAAUUUAGCUGGGGACAAAAGUCGAAGCUUUAUUCUCAGUGUAUUAGUGCCUCCUACAAUUGCCGGAUCCUAUAUAAAUGGGUCACCUGAAGAUGUGUCUGUGAUUAUGGACAGCUCUGUAUCCCUGAUCUGUGAUGUUCACGCGCAUCCUCCUGCUGCAAUUAUAUGGCAUAAAGACGGACACCAAAUCAGAUCAAAAAAGAAUGUGAGAAUUCUCCCAGGAGGUCGAACACUACAAAUCCUUAAGGCUGAAGAAGACAAUGCCGGCAGAUACAGCUGCAUCGCUUCCAAUGAGGCUGGAGAGAGUGUGCAUGAAUACAACCUUAAUGUUUAUGUGCCACCAAGGAUCAAGAAAGAUGACCUCACCGGUGGGAUAUCCAAGGAGGUUAAAGCAAGAGAGAGCACAAGUUUUACUCUAGAAUGUCAUGUGACGGCAUUUCCUGCGGCCUCAGUCACAUGGUACAAGGAUGGAGAGCUUCUUGACAUAGAUAACCAUCAGAUAUUAAUCAGUGGAAAUACACUCCGUGCCGAGCAUGCCCUGCUGUCUGAUACUGGUCGUUAUACCUGUGUGGCAUCAAAUGUUGCUGGAGAGGAUGAAAUGGAUUUUGAUGUUAUCAUACAAGUACCCCCAACCUUCCCAAAGUUAUCUGGGGUAUUGGCUGCUGGAGUUGGAGCAGAUGGAGAUAACAAGGACGUCAUUGUCAACAACCCAAUUUCUCUGUACUGUGAAACUAAUGCUGUCCCACCUCCAACCAUCACAUGGUAUAAAGAUGGCAGCCUUCUGACAUCCAAUGAUAAUGCGUUUAUAUUACCAGGAGGACACAUUCUGCAGAUUGGAAGAGCGCAGGAAGAUGAUGCUGGAACAUACACCUGUGUGGCUAUUAACGAGGCCGGAGAAGAUUCCAUGCGCUAUAAUGUCCGAAUACUUUUGCCGCCUGCUUUUGAAGACACAGAAGACAAUUUAUCUAAAGAAAUCACAGCUUUGGUAAAUGGAACAAUAAUCAUCAACUGCACAGUAAAUGGUGAUCCUGUUCCUAAAAUUUCAUGGCAAAAAAAUGGACGGAAUAUCAUGGAAGGGAAGCGAUUUAAGAUUUUAUCCAAUGGGCAAUCACUGAAGAUAUUAGAUGCUGAGUUAAUGGACACCGGACGAUAUAUCUGUAUUGCUGACAAUUCAGCUGGGAGUGUACAGAAGUUAUUUAACCUUAAUGUUCAUGUUCCUCCCAGCGUUAUUGGCAACAGCACUGAAAAUGUCACUGUGGUAGAAAGUCACUUCAUCUCUCUGUCCUGUGAGGUGACCGGAUUCCCACCGCCUGCGAUCAGCUGGUUAAAGGAUGGAAAACCACAUAACCUGAACCAUCACCUACUUGUGCCUGGUGGGCGAAUUCUUCAGAUACCGCAAGCUAAGCUCGCUGAUGAAGGGGAAUACACCUGCAUUGCUGUUAACCAAGCUGGGGAAAGCAAGAAAACAUUUCACCUGAAUAUCUAUGUUCCCCCUAGGAUUGUGGACCAUAGCAGAGAAGCUUUCUCAGAAAUAAAUAUUCGGGUUACUGCUUCAGCCAGUCUGGAGUGUGAUUCUGAAGCCAUCCCACCUCCUGUUAUCAACUGGUACAAAAAUGGCCGUCUACUUAUGGAAUCAGGCAACCAAAAUAUCCUUGCAGGGGGCCAUCAUUUAAAAAUAAAGAACGCUUUGGUAUCUGACACUGGAGAAUAUGAAUGUGUAGUGACUAAUGUUGUUGGACAAGAUACAAAGAAAUUCUUUUUGACCGUGUACGUUCCACCAAGCAUACAAAAUCCACAGGAAGAAUAUCAUAAUGUGACUGUACAAAACUCUGUUACAUUUUCAUGUGACGCUUAUGGAAUUCCCACACCAAAUGUACGAUGGCUUAAAAAUGGACAUGAAAUAGGGUACUCAGACUCUCUGGAUAUUCAUAUUCUCUCUGGUGGCGGCAAAAUGAAAAUAACCAGAGCGCAGUUAGUGGAUAGUGGGACAUACACUUGCGUUGCUUCAAAUGUUGAAGGAACAGCUCAAAAAAACUUUGUGCUAAAAAUUCAAGUUCCCCCUAGUAUUGUGGGGUCUGGAGUACCCAGUGAGGUGAACGCUUUACCAGGAGAAGACGUAGAGCUCAAAUGCAGUGCUGAUGGGAUCCCCGCACCUGUUAUUUAUUGGCUUAAGGAUGGUAAACAGAUCAAUAACGACAAUCGUGGUAUCAGAAUAAACUCAGAUGGAAAAAUCCUAAUGAUUUCUGAUGUUCAGACAACUGAUAUGGGAAAAUAUACCUGUGUGGCAACUAGUCCUGCUGGAGAAGAUGACCGAAUAUUUCAUGUCAAUGUAUAUGAUGCUCCUAGAAUUGCAGAGAAUGAAGUCAAACCAGUGCGACUAACUGCUGUGUUAGAUGCUUCCAUAAAUAUUGAAUGUCUUGCAACUGGUUCUCCAGCUCCACAAAUCAACUGGUUAAAAAACGGUCUUCCCCUUCCUGUAUCCUCCCAUGUAAGGCUCCUUUCAGCUGGACAGAUGUUCAGGAUGUCAAGGAUUCAGAAAUCAGAUGCUGGUAUCUACACAUGUAUAGCUUCCAACAGAGCUGGAGUGGAUAGAAAAGAUUACAACUUACAAGUCUAUGUACCACCAAGUAUGGAGAACUCAGGAGUAACUGAACAGCUUACAGUAGUUAAAGGAAAACAUAUCACCAUGACCUGUUUUACUGAUGGUUUACCAGCCCCAUAUAUGUCAUGGCAUAAAGAUGGAAAGCCCAUAGAGGAUGUGUCUCUAUCAGAUCUUGAAAGUAAAGGAAUGGCCUUACAUAUUCCUCAUACAAGAAUGGACGACAUAGGUCGAUACACUUGUAUUGCAACAAAUGAAGCAGGGAGUAUCAGCAAGCACUUUAUCCUAAAUGUUAUAGAGCCUCCUCACAUUAAUGGCUCAGAACUUACUGAAGAUCUGUCUGUUGUGUUAAACAACCAGUUAGACCUCACAUGUACAACUGUAGGGUUUCCUUCUCCGAUGAUAACUUGGCUGAAGAAUGGCCAGACCUUGUCUCCGACAGACAACGUGUAUGUCAUGAAAGGAGGGCAGGUUCUUCGGAUUACAAGUGCUCAGGAAGAGAAUUUGGGGCACUAUACAUGUUUGGCUUCUAACCAAGCUGGAGAUGCUAAGAAGGAUUUUUCAGUUACAGUUCACCUGCCACCUAAUAUAGCUGGUGUAAGCAGAAAUCACAAUGUCACUGUUUUACAAAAUAAGGAAAUUACCCUGGAAUGUAAAUCAGAUGCACUACCCCCACCGAAGAUCACCUGGCUGAAAGAUGGUGAACCCUUCCUGCCUGAUCCACAAAUACAAAUUCUGUCUAAUGGGCAAUACCUCCGGAUAAGCAAUGUACAAGUUGCAGGCACUGGGAGAUAUACGUGUGUUGCAAGUAACGUUGCAGGAAAAUCUACACGAGAAUUUAUGCUGAAUGUUUAUGUUCCUCCUUCAAUAAACAAGGGACCUAAUUUAAUGACAACGUUGAUUAACAAAACAGUGACCCUGGAGUGUAAAACAUCUGGUGUACCUUACCCAAGCAUCUCGUGGCGAAAAGAGGGCGCCAUUCUGCCUGGUAAUAAUACAAGGUAUUUUAUAACUGAGGCUGGAUCCCUGGUUAUUCCUUCAGCUGAUGUCACUGACUCUGGUCGCUACUUCUGCCUAGCUACUAAUGUGGCUGGAUCCAAACAACGGCAAAUUGAUCUGUUGGUCUACGCUCCACCUUCUAUACUUUCUGAGCCAGCUAACAUUACUAUGAAGGUAAAUCUGCCAACCACUUUGCCAUGUGAAGUCACUGGGACGCCCAAGCCAAAAGUAGAGUGGAUGAGGAAUGGACAACCAAUAAAUACUGACCUCAACCAGAACUUGUACAGACUUUUGUCUUCUGGAUCUUUAAUGGUCAUUUCUCCAGUUGUGGAUGACACUGGGAUAUACGUGUGUUCCGCUACCAAUGAGGCUGGGCAAGAAGAAAUCUCAGUUUAUCUUUCUGUACAAGUGCCACCAUCAAUUGCAGAUGAAGUCACAAACAUGUUCGUGGCUAAGUCAUCUCCUGCUGUAAUUCCUUGCAGCGCUUCUGGGAUUCCUUUCCCCACAACCCACUGGCUAAAAGAUGGCGUCCGUCUUCCUGCUAAAGGUCGUGGUUACAGGAUUCUGCCUUCAGGAAGCAUUGAGAUACCCAGCAGUGAUCUGGUACACGCCGGCCAGUACACCUGCAAAGCUGUGAAUGAUGUGGGUUCUGCUGCUAUUCAUAUUAGUUUUCAUGUUCAAGAAAUUCCAGUCAUUGAUGGUCAGUCGGAUUAUUUAGAUGUUGUGCUAAAUAAUUCUGUCACCCUAACAUGUGACGCUUCCGGGACACCUGUACCAACCAUCACAUGGCAGAAAGAAGGAAUCAGCAUCAAAUCAGGGAAAGGAUAUACAAUCCUACCUAAUGGUAACAUGGUGAUUGCAAAAGCUCUUGAAGAGGAUGCUGGCACAUAUACUUGUAUUGCCCAAAAUCCAGCUGGCACAGCACUGAAGAAAACCAAACUCAAGGUCAAUGUGCCACCAGUAAUCAGAUCACACCAGAAAGUCUAUAUUGUGGCCAUGGAUAAAUCGGUCACAAUGUUCUGUGAGGGUCAUGGACAGCCAACCCCUGAUAUUUCUUGGAACAAAGAUGGUGCCCCUCUGACCACAUCAUCAGGGCAGAGGAUUGUAGGCACUGGAGCCUUACACAUUGUGUUUGUUCAGCCUGAUGAUGCCGGGCAGUACACGUGUACCGCUACAAACACUGCAGGAUUGGAUCGAUCUAAUAUGAACCUCACUGUUCUGAUUCCACCUCAAAUUGUUAAACAUAUUAAAACUGUGUCUGUGGUCAUGAAUACUCGAGCUGUCCUGCAGUGCUCGGCACAUGGAAUCCCCUCACCAACCAUUUCUUGGACAAAGAAAAACGUACCCAUAACAGAGAAGAUUGGGAAAUAUACAGUUCUGCCAUCUGGAGACCUCGUGUUACACAAUACUGAUCACAAUGAUAUUGGCACCUACACUUGCUCUGCUCACAAUGAAGCUGGGGAAGAUGAUCACACUGUCAGCCUCACCCUACAGACCUACCCGUCCUUUACUGAGCUCCCUAAAAAUGUGUCUCUGAAUGCAGGAGAAAAGCUUACGCUCAUGUGUAAAGCAACUGGAAAUCCUCCCCCUCAGAUUAUAUGGACUUUUAAAGACAAAAUUCUACCAGUACCCCUUGGUCAUUUUACAGAGCCAGGCGAAUUAGCUCUUCAGAGAGUUUCAAAUGAAGAUUCUGGUGCCUAUACAUGCACAGCAGCUAAUCUUGUGUCUUCCAUAAAUACAACAGUGCAUGUGUUUGUAAAAGAGCCUCCUGUACUGAUUGGUGCUCAUUAUACUGUACAAAAUGUACCUUUGGGAGGCAAUGUUAUACUGAACUGUAUAGCAAGAGGAAACCCACCUCCAAGGAUUCAAUGGAGUAAACAAGGAAAAAGUAUUCCCUUAAACAGGCGAAUUAAACAGUUUAACAAUGGUUCCCUUGCAAUCUAUAACACAGAAAAUGAAGACGUUGGGGACUACACUUGUAUAGCAACAAAUGAUGCUGGUGUAACAGAACGUAGCGUGAGGCUGACGCUGCAAAGAGCGCCAGUUAUUACAGUCCACCCUCUAGACACAACAGUUGAUGCAGGAGCAUCUGUGGUCCUAAAUUGCCAAGCAGAAGGGGAACCAACACCGCACAUUGUUUGGUCCCAGCAGGAUCAUCCUCUCCCCAGAAAUAACAGACAUGUCGUCCUGUCAAACAGUUCAUUACAAAUUGUUGCUGCUCAGAAAGAGGACACAGCAGUGUACAAAUGCAAAGCGGCCAAUAUCCUGGGAGCAUCAGUGGCUAAAGCUGCUUUCACUGUUCAAGUGAAUGGGGGCUUCUCUGAUUGGCUUCCUUGGCAACCAUGUAGUGUGACCUGUGGUCGGGGAGUUCAGAGAAGAAUCCGACUGUGUGACAAUCCUGUUCCAGCAAAUGGUGGACUUAACUGCCAGGACACAGAGAUGGAGACCAGAAACUGUCUGAAUAAGCCAUGUCCAGUUGAUGGGAACUGGUCAGUAUGGAGUCCAUGGGAAGACUGUUCAAGAACAUGUGGAAGUGGCAAAAGAACAAGGGUGAGAAUUUGUAAUGACCCUCCUGCCCACGAAGGAGGAAAAUCAUGCGAUGGAAGAGCUGUUGAAGUUGCUGUGUGUAAUGAGACACCCUGCCCAGUUGAUGGCAUGUGGAGUUCUUGGCAAGCCUGGGAAUCAUGUAGCAAGACGUGUGGAAAAGGAACUCAGACACGUGUAAGACUCUGCAAUAACCCCUCUCCCUCAUUUGAUGGGUCUCAAUGUGACGGACAUGAUGCUCAGAUGCAGAUAUGCAAUGACAGACCCUGUCCAGUUGAUGGGAGAUGGUCAUCUUGGGGUAGCUGGACGUCUUGCAGUUUGUCAUGUGGAGGAGGCCUUCGUCAGAGAGCCCGAGAAUGUUCUAACCCAGCUCCGCAACAUGGCGGCUACAAAUGUGAAGGGAAUGAGAUUGAAACAGAGGUUUGCAAUAGGGAUUCCUGCCCAAUUCAUGGUAACUGGGGAUCGUGGAGUUUGUGGGGAACUUGUAGCCGUUCAUGUAACGGAGGUCAGGUGAAAAGAUACCGGGCGUGCGAUAACCCGGCCCCAUCACACAGAGGGAGAGACUGUGCUGGAACUGAUACCGAGACACAGAGAUGCAACACUGAGCAAUGUCCUGUGGAUGGAAACUGGGGCCCUUGGGAAGCCUGGAGCCAUUGUUCUGCCUCGUGUGGAGGAGGGGAGCAGAUACGCACACGUCCUUGCAAUCACCCAGUUCGCUCUCCCACUGGACGAACCUGUGUGGGAGAUUCCACACAGCUAUUGAGAUGUAAUGUCCAGACGUGUCCAGGAGGACCUCAACUUGUGAAAGGAAAUUUGUUUGGAAACAUUAAUGGUCUCCAGUUUGGAAUCGCUGUCCUGAAUGCUACAGUCACUGAUGGUCCUGAUUCUAGAACAAUUCAAGCCACGUUUACUAAUAUUCCUAAAGGUCUAGGCCCUUCCUUGAGGAAUCUCGUCUCUAUUCUGAAUCCAAUAUACUGGACGACUGCAAAAGAGGUUGGAGAUGCGGUGAAUGGGUUCUCCCUUACAGACGGCAUGUUUAAAAGAGAAUCCCAGGUGGAAUUUGCAACAGGUGAGAUUUUGUGGAUCACUCAUACCGUGCAUGGAGUUGAUUCUGAUGGGUCACUGCUAGUGGACACUGUGAUGAAAGGAAAUGUUCUCCAGCUGCAGUCAAUAGCCGAUGUGAAAAUAAAGGACUAUACAGAAGACUAUGUACAGACAAGCCCUGGUCAGCUCUAUGCUUAUUCAACCAGAAUGUUUUCCCUGGAUGGGGUCAGCAUUCCUUUUACCUGGAACCACACAAUCAGCUAUGAUGAUGCUAAAGGGAAAAUGCCUUACCUGGUGGAGACGCUCUAUGUGACGUCUGUAGAAUCUCACUAUGAUCCAAAGGAAGAAUUGCUACAGUUCCAUCUACAGUCCUCAAUCUCCAAGGGGGAUCAGAGUACCCAAUGUCCAGAUGGAUUCAGUUUUGAUGUCUCAGGAAUCUACUGUGCCGAUGAUGAUGAAUGUGCGGCGCACGCCCCCUGCUCCCACUCCUGUCAUAAUAUUAUGGGCAGUUACUACUGUUCCUGUCCCAAGGGACUGAUAAUAUCAGAUGAUGGACGAACUUGCCACGACAUUGAUGAAUGCACAUCGGAUGAAUUUAUUUGCCAUUUAAAUCAAGAGUGUAAAAACACGAUUGGAUCUUAUGUGUGUACGGUGAAAUGUGGUGCUGGAUUCCGAGCUGUCUCUAACGACCUGAACUGCCAAGACAUAAAUGAAUGUCAGGAAUCCAACCCGUGUCAUCAGCGCUGCUACAACACUAUAGGAAGUUAUCACUGUGGAUGUGACGGGGGCUACCACUUAAAGGGCCGGCGAUGCUUUGAUCUGAACGAAUGUCGCCAGAAUGUGUGCAGACCAGACCAGCUGUGCAAAAAUACACGUGGCAGUUACAAGUGCAUUGACCUCUGCCCCAGCGGGUUAAUGAAAGCUGAAAACGGAUCAUGUAUAGAUAUCAAUGAGUGCAGAGAUGCAACACAUCAGUGCAGAUAUAAUCAGAUCUGUGAAAAUACACACGGCAGCUAUGCCUGCGUUUGUCCACGAGGGUACAGAUCUGAAAGUGUCGGAAAACCCUGUGAAGAUAUCAAUGAAUGUGAAAAAAAAGAUGUUUGUCAACAUGAAUGUAAAAACACUCAGGGAAGUUAUUAUUGCCUGUGCCCACCUGGGUAUCAGCUCAUGGCUAAUGGAAAGACUUGCCAAGAUAUUAAUGAAUGUCUGGAGCAAAACAUUCAAUGUGGCACAAACCGAAUGUGUUUUAACAUGCGAGGAAGCUACCAGUGCAUAGACACCCCUUGCCCACCUAAUUACCUGCGGGACUCUAUUUCUGGGUAUUGUCUGAAAAAUUGCCCAGCAAAUGAUUUGGAAUGUGCUCUGAGUCCUUAUGCCUUGCAGUACAAGCUUGUUUCUCUUCCAUUUGGAAUUCCAUCCAAUCAAGACUUAAUUCGCUUAGUUGCCUAUACCCAAGAUGGUAUAUUGCAUCCCAGAACAACUUUUCUAAUUAUUGACGAAGAUCCUUCACUUCCCUUCUCAAUAAGAGAAGAAAACCUUAAAGGAGUUGUCUCUACCACCAGACCGCUCCGACAACCAGAGACAUAUCGAAUGAAGGUCAAAGCUUUAUCUUAUAGCAUCGAUGGGACCAUUGAAUACCAGACUGCAUUUAUCGUUUAUAUUGCUGUGUCUCCAUAUCCUUACUAAACUGUAUAUUUUAUCAAUGACAAUCUUGGACUAAACUAAAUACUUGAAAAAUUUGCCACUACCGAUAUUUUACAAAAAGUAAAAAACAGACGUCAACAAAAGGUGCUCAAUACUGAACAUAGAUGGUCAUAUACCAGUUGUUUUGUCACAGACAUGUUCUGAAUAAAUAGGCAGGCACUUUUCUUUUAUAUUCUCAGCUGAUAAUAUAUAAAUGUAAGACUGAAAAAGUGUUUUUUUUUUAAAUAAUGUUUGAUACACAUGAAAUAAAAUAUUAUUUGUUAAAUAAA